AUGACAGCUUAUGAUGGAUUUAUAAGUAGAUAUAGAGCCAUGCAGUUUGCAGAAAAGAUGAAGAUGUGCGUAUUUGUUUCGAUGUGUGUGCUUGUAAGCCUCUGCUACAGCCUAUGCACGCAAAGUGAUAUGGACUAUGGAAAGUUCCUAGCGAGGUCUAUGAAAGAUAGAACUUAUCGCUCACUGUGGGGAAAGACGACAUAUAUUGUCAACUCGCCAUCAGGCUCAAGUAAAGGGCAGGGAUUAAAUAGAUCUAAGAAAUGUGAGAGUUUGUGCACCUUCUGCACUAAACUUAAAGACAGAAUCAAAGAUAUAUUUUACACUAUAAGAUCAAGCAAGACAUACCUCGUAAUGAUUAUAGUGACAACAUAUGUCUUAUCAUUUCUGAUAGUCUUAGGCAUGUUCGUGCAUGUGAUGAACACAAGGCACAUACUAGCGCUGAGGGAGUGCAACAAAUAUAUACUGAGUGGCGCAAUGACAUGCUAUACAGAGAACAAUAUGAGGUUUGAGCUUCUGAAGAUCAUGGGGUACAACAUAAUAGACUACAGCAACACAGUGGGCGAGGACCUGCUCCGACCUGUGUGCUCAGAGACAGCAGGCGUAUACACUGAAAACCCGAAUGGCUGGAUAAUGUCAGCAAUGCGUAAUGUUACUGAUAUAUUUCUCAAGCAGGUUGUAAGCCCCGUUUUCCGAUAUGUUGACAAAAACUGCACACUAGCUAGCACCAGCAUACCUUCCAGGCAAGAGAUCCGUGAUUUUGCUGUACUUCUAAACGCUGGCGUGCGCAAUGAAGUUGGCUGUGCAGCAGCCAUAGCCAUGGGCGUUCUUGAUCCGAAAACGUAUAGCGACUUUAUAUCUGAAGAGGAAAUAGAAUAUGGGCAGAUGUGCUGGGCCUAUAAUGCAACAAGCGUCUAG